AUGCAGGCUGAGGAGGAGGCCGAGCGCGGUCGUCUGGAGUAUUUGAAGCAGCAAGCGAUAGCGGAGGUGGAAAGGCUUCGUCGGGAGGAGGAAGAGCGCGAAGCGGCAAGGAUAGCUGCAGAGAAGGCCGCAGAAGAGGCUGAGCGUCAACGAAUCGAAGAUCUUAAGCGACAGGCGAUCGAAGAGGCUGAAAGAGCUGCCCGUGAGGAGGAAGCUCGCAUCAAGCGGGAAGAAGCAGAGAUCAAGGGCAAGGUUGUUGUGUCAGUGACCGUGAUCAAUGAUGAGACAGACGAGUUGAUGGCUAAGGCAGUUACUAUUUCAGAGUUCUCGAGCUACGUGAGCGCUUUGCGUCUGGCACUUAGACGCAUGGGCGAUAACAGGGCAUGCUCUGGAAUUGGGAGCUCGAGGCUGAACAGCGAAGACACGCUUCUGGAAGCUGGCGUAGAGGCAGAUUCCAGAUUUGCUGCGUCGAAGCCAGUGAAGUCACAGUGCGCUGGCUCCCUCAGAACAACGCCGUACUGCGAGCAAAGAUCAGCCCAGCUGUCAUCACAGCUUCAAAGGACUGCACAGCUCGCAUUUGGAACGCGGACUGGGAAGUGUGAGCUGGUGCUGGAAGGUCAUACUGAAUCUGUGUGCUCAGCCUGCAUCUCGCCAGACUGCCGGUACGUUGCAACCUCCUCGGAGGAUGGGUCUUCCAGGCUUUGGUACGUCGACAGUGGCAGAUGCGCACGCGUACUGAUGGACCACAAAGAAGCAGUAUAUUUUGCCACAUUCUCACCAGACAGCAAGCAGGUCGUAACCGCGUCAGAGGAUGCCACUGCAAAAAUUUGGGUCGUAAAGUUGGCUGCCGAGCUGCUGAGCCUUCACUUUGUGAAGCAUCACUUUGCUGUGCUGUGGGCGACCUUCUCGCCAGAUGGUAGAAGUGUUACCACCACGAGCAGCGACGGUACAUUGAAGAUAUGGAAUGCCAAGACUGGAGUUUGUGAUCGGACACUCCUUGGCCAGAAGCCAGUAUACCUGGCAUCCUUUGCAAGCGAUGGCACCACCUUUGUGACAGCAAGCGGUGAUGCGACCGCCAAGAUUUGUGACUUAGUGACGGGUGAGGCCAAAAUCAUUCUAACAGGUCACGAAUCACUUGUCUUGGGGGCUUCCUAUGCGCCCUCGUGUCCACAACCAGAGUCUCACCAGAAAGACGACACUGGCUAA